AUGCCCCUGGCCUCACUGACUGCGGCGACGAUCGUAAUGGCACUGCCAACGCAGAAACCUCGCAUCGGAUUCAGCAUCGAGUCCAUCGUUGGCAGCCAAACGCCAACGAAUGGACCGAGACCGCUGACGAAGACACCUCCCGGUGGUCUCCUGGUGGCCAGGUCUCCACUGGCUACCAGCGAGUCGUCCGAGCGGCCACUCGGCAGUCCCGGGAGUGACUCCAGUUGUUACCACCAGCCGGCCACACUCAGCCAGUCCGGAGAUGGAGACCCCCGGGGCCAACGGAGCCUCUUCUUACCUCAGUACACGGAACCGGCUGGCCGGCGUGCAGGAUCCGCGACACCUCCCCUAGAGCUGAGUGUUAACCGUGGCCAGAGCAACCAGCAACCGGCGCUCGUCGAGCUGAUCAGCAACUCCAGCCGCGGCAGUCCGAGGCCAGCGUCUCAGACGUGUCUUUCGCCGGAUUCGGAUUCUCGGCCUCAUCGAUCGCCUCGCAGUUCGCCCAGCUCUCCACCACCGGCACCGCCACCUGUGAACCGAACUGGACCGAUUCUGGUGCCCGGUAUACCGGCCGGUUUGAUCGGUAGACCCGGCUUUCCGAUUGGGCAUGCUGGAUCACUGGACCUUAAGUCACUGCCAGGGUUUAUGGGUGGCUCUGCGUCUGAGUUUGCGUCUGGCAUGCAAGCGGCCCAACAGCAACACUUCCUUGCGGCGGCCCAGUUCCAGGCGGCCGCUGCCCUGGCGCACGUCCAGGCACAAGCUGCCGGUCAAGGACAAGGUGGUGGUGGCGUUGGACCUUUCUCACAUCCAGCGGGACAUCCGAUCCACCUGGGAGUGCACGGUCACCAUGGGGUGGCGCGCGAUAGCUAUCCGCUGUAUCCGUGGCUACUGAGCCACCAUGGUCGGAACGUCUUUCCACCGCGGUUCCCCGGCAAUUACUUGUUACCGUUCCGCAAACCGAAACGUGUCCGGACCGCGUUCUCACCCUCGCAGUUGCUGAAGCUGGAGCACGCGUUCGAGAGCAACCACUACGUGGUCGGUGCGGAAAGGAAAUCGUUGGCGCAGGCGCUCGGUCUCACCGAAACACAGGUCAAAGUUUGGUUCCAGAAUCGGCGCACGAAGCACAAGCGGAUGCAGCAGGAGGAGGAUGCUAAAUCUGGGGACACUGGUGGCAGUGGGGCGGACGGGCGCCGAACACCGGACAGCGCGACCGGCAACUACGAGGACGAGCAAAAUGAGGACGAGGACGACGACGACGAGGAUGAGCUGAUCGAUAUGGAAAUGGAUGAUGACGGUUGCGGUAGCGAGGAUGAGCAGCAGCAGCAGCAGCAGCAGCAGCAGCACCACCACCACCAGCAGCAGCAGCAGAAGGAGAAGAGGAGAUCGCAGGAGGGACUGAAAGGGGCUGGUAGCCCCUUAUAA